AUAUGAAAUGAGGAAAUGGAAGUACGAAACAGUAGGUGGCGGUAUGUGCUUAGUUCACCAGUCCGCCAGAAAAGAAAGAAGAAGAAGAAGAAGAAAGAAAGAAAGAGCGAGCUCGCGUGUGAUGUGUUUGUGUAUCCUCUGUGUUUUUCUUUCGUGAAUGUUUUAUUGAGUGUAAACAGACUCUCAAACUUUGUGUAUUUUAGUGUUGAUGAUGAGAUGGAUGUGAUGUGCUGUAAAUCAGAAACUGAUCAGGACUUACAGGAUGAUGAAUCUACUGAUCAAACCUCCACAGAGUCUCUGGAUUCUGUCUGUAACGCUGGAGAACAGCAGCAGAUCCUGCAGACCAAACUCAAGAUGUGUUCAGUUAAACAGAUGGACAGUGGGAACCAAAUGCAGAUUAAAACAGAAGCCAUAGCAGAUAAAUAUGAAGACAAACAUCAUGAUGGUCAUGAUUCUAUUCUCUCAGAUGUAAAGAGUGAUUUAUGUUUGGAUGAAGAAAUAACGUCCUUGACUCUUUCCUGCAUCACCGGUGGAGAGACAUUGAGCUCACAGAGACAUUUAAAGAGAAAACACACAGAACAGAAACUCUUCACCUACACCAGAUCUGAGAUCAGCUUUACUACCUUACAAGAGAAGAAACUUCAUUCACAAGAGCACAGAGAGAAGAGGCAGUUUCACUGUGAGCAGUGUGGGAAGGGUUUUGGCUCCUUAUCUCAUCUGAGACUUCACAUGAGGACACACAAUGCUAAAAGGCCUUUCUACUGCACUGAAUGUGGCUGUUACUUCAGCACCAAAGGAAAUCUUGAUGUUCAUCAGAGAAUUCACACAGGAGAAAAACCAUACGAGUGUCCUCACUGUGAGAAGAGAUUCAGCCAAAAAUCGAAUUUAAGGAAACAUGUGUUUACACACACCAGUGACAGUCCGUAUCAGUGCAGUGAAUGUGGAAAAACCUUUAGGAAUUCAGGUAAUUUAAAAUCACACCAGAAUAUUCACUCUGAAGAGAAACCCUUUCAAUGUUUACACUGCGAUAAACGUUUCAAUCAUAAAACUACUCUUACAGACCAUCAGAGAGUUCACACUGGAGAGAAACCUCAUUACUGUAGUGUCUGUGAGAAGAGUUUCAGUCAACGUCAACAUUUAGUGAGACACCAGAGAAUUCAUACAGGUGAAAAACCUUACAAAUGCUCUCAGUGCGAGAAAACGUUUACUCAGUCAGCUUCCUUAAAAGCCCAUCAGAGACUUCACACUGGAGAGAAACUUCAUCACUGUAGUGUCUGUGAGAAGAGUUUCAGUCGACGUGGAAAUUUAGUUUCACAUCAGAGAACUCAUACAGGUGAAAAACCUUACAAAUGCUCUCAGUGUGAGAAGACGUUUGCUCAUUCAGCUAACUUUAAAUCUCAUCAGAGAGUUCAUACUGGAGAGAAACCUUACAAAUGCUCUCAGUGUGAGGAGACGUUUUCUCAGUCAUGUUCCUUAAAAGCCCAUCAGAGACUUCAUACAGGAGGGCACAGCGAGAAGAAGCAGCUGAGGUUUGACUGUGAGCAGUGUGGGGAGGAUUUUGGCUCCUUAUCUCAUUUGAGACUUCACAUGAGGACACACAAUGCUGAAAAGCCUUUCUACUGCACUGAAUGUGGCCAUUACUUCAGAACCAAAGGAUCCCUUAAUGUUCAUAAAAGAAUUCACACAGGAGAAAAACCAUACAAGUGUCCUCACUGUGAGAAGAGAUUCAGCCAAAAAUCUAAUUUAAGGACACAUGUGUUUACACACACCAAUGAGAAACCGUAUCACACCAAUGAGAAACCGUAUCAGUGCAGUGAAUGUGGAAAAACCUUUAGGAAUUCAGGUCAUUUAAAAUCACACCAGAAUAUUCACUCUGAAGAGAAACUCUUUCAAUGUUUACACUGCGAUAAAGGUUUCAAUCAUAAAACUUCUCUUACAGCCCAUCAGAGAGUUCACACUGGAGAGAAACCUCAUUACUGUAGUGUCUGUGAGAAGAGUUUCAGUCAACGUCAACAUUUAGUGAGACAUCAGAGAACUCAUACAGGUGAAAAACCUUACAAAUGCUCUCAGUGUGAGAAGACGUUUGCUCAUUCAUCUCACUUUAAAGCCCAUCAAAAACUUCAUACUGGAGUUAAACCUCAUCACUGUAGUGUCUGUGGAAAGAGUUUCAGUCGACAUGACAAUUUAGUGUCACACCAGAUAAUUCAUACAGGUGAAAAACCUUACAAAUGCGCUCGGUGUGAGAAGACGUUUGCUCAAUCAGGUUCCUUAAAAACCCAUCAGAGAGUUCACACUGGAGAGAAACCUUACGUCUGCUUGAUCUGUGAGAAGAAAUUCACUCAUGCCAAAAGUCUUCAAAGUCAUCAGAAGGAACAUACUGAUGAACAAAUACACUGAAAUCAUCAUAGCAUCUAAAAGUCUUUCCAAAAUGACCGUGUGGUCCUUUUCUGCAUGAAUGUUCAACGUUAUAACAUGCUAUAAAAACAAUAGCUUUUAUUAUUAA